AGCAACAAAUGAAAUGCUGAAAGCUUGAGUCAAGUGUAAGCCGUGCAGAGAUGUCCGCCUGAGUUAAGGGACAUUAGCUUGGACGGGUGUGGAUUGCCCCACUCAUCUCAAUGGGAUGUUAACUCUGAACCCUACAGAUGGCAAGUAAUAACCCAACAGUGCUAACUAUUUGGGCAGAAGCAUCCAGCCGAUGUGUUGACUCCACACUGUGAAUCAAUCUUCCACCCAUUCCCAGCUGCCAAUUGCCCCUCACGCAGCGACCGAGACCUUCAGCUUCCCCCCGGAAGAUGUCUGCAAAGCCGUUCUGUAAUUUCGUUCCAGGAUUCGAUAGCACGUUGAAAACUGAGUGUGUGGGGACAGCAUGAAGCAAAGUGGAUUUAACAUCCAAAUACAGAGCGUGAAGCUGCGCUGCGUUACUCAGCUUCUUCCCUGAGUCCACAGAAAGCUCCGGUUCCAAAUGUAUUUGAAGCUGCUGCAGACUUUCCACCAGAGGCUGCAGAAUGUAGGCCCAGCUUCUCCCAGAGCGCACCGAGCCCUGACUGUGAUGCUGCCCAGAGCUGAAGUGGAUUAGCCCACGGGGACGUUUCCAAAGCCCCUGGGAUGCGUGGGGUGUGUUCUCUGGGGUCUCCCCACUGAGCAUGCUGCUCACUCAGCCGCGUGUUCUGAUGGGCGCGCGUCUCUUGUUGUUGCAGGUCCCAGCGAGGCGUGAGGACAGGACCACCCUUCCCUUCUGGAGCAGUGGCAGAGCGGCACAGGGAGCAGAAUGAGGGAGAACUAUGAUGCCAUGAUUGCUCUGGGGUCCCCCGUCGCCAAACCCGAGAUUGUCCCACGGGUCGAGCAAGCCGAAGAGCCUCGUGCCAAGGCUCCUGGGGAGGCAGAGCAGAGGGAGGCCCCUGGCAGCGCCAGCCCAGGAUCCGUAGUUCCCAAGCCCGAGAUCGUCCCGCAAGGUGAGCGAGAGCAGCAGCAGCAGCAUGGUGGCGGGGAGCAGAUGGGGCUGGAAGGACAAAAAGGCCCUGAGAGCAGCUGCUCAGAUGACUGGCUCAUCCGGACGGUGAAGGUGGAGGAGGACUAUGAGGAGUGGCCUGCGAGUCUCAGUGCGGAGGCGCUGCUGUCGGGGCAGCUGCAGGGCAGCGGCUUGCUGCACCCCGACGGGGGCCACGGCUACCUGGGCGCGUGCAAGCUGGAGAGGCCGAGCCUGGAGGACUACGGCAGCUACGGCGACCUCCCGGGCUUGGCCCUGCAGCAGUGGCAGCUCCUGACCGAGAAGCCGUACGGCUGCACCGAGUGCGAGCGGCGGUUCAAGGACAAGCUGACACUGCGGCUCCACCAGCGGGUGCACACCGGGGAGAGCCCCUACGCCUGCGGGGAGUGCGGCCGCAGCUUCAGCCAGAAGCCCAACCUGGUGGCCCACCAGCGCACCCACUCCGGGGAGCGGCCCUUCACCUGCGCCCAGUGCGGCAAGGGCUUCAGCAAGAAGGCCCACCUGACGCGGCACCAGCGCAUCCACACGGGCGAGCGCCCCUACCAGUGUGCCCAGUGCGGCCGCUGCUUCAGCCAGAAGAUCCACCUGGGAUCGCACCAGAAGACGCACACCGGGGAGCGGCCCUUUCCCUGCGCCGAGUGCGGCCGGAGCUUCCGCAAGAAGACGCACCUGAUCCGGCACCAGCGCAUCCACACCGGGGAGCGUCCCUACCAGUGCGCCCAGUGCGCCCGCAGCUUCACCCACAAGCAGCAUCUGGUGCGGCACCAGCGCGUGCACACGGAGCCGGAGCCGGAGCCGGGGGCACUGGCCCAGCUGGAGACAAGUGCCCCCUGCAGGCUGCCAGGAGUGGCAGCGCCACCCCCAGGGUCCUCGCCGGAGCAGAAACCCUUCACCUGCCCCGAGUGCGGCAAAAGCUUCAGCUGGAAGAAGAACCUGACGUCGCACCAGCGGCUGCACCUGGAGGGGCGGCCCUUCUCCUGUGCCGAGUGCGGACGCGGCUUCAGCGACAAGCGCCACCUGACUGCCCACCUGCGCAGCCACAUGGGCCUCAAGCCCUACGCCUGCGCCUACUGCGAGAAGAGCUUCAGCCACAAGCCCAACCUGACCACACACCAGCGCACGCACACCGGGGAGCGCCCCUUCGCCUGCCCCGACUGCGGCCGCAGCUUCACCCACAACCAGCACCUGGUGCGGCACCGCCGCGUCCACACCGGCGAGCGCCCCUUCGCCUGCCCCCAGUGCGACCGCAGCUUCAGCUCCCGGCCCAACCUCAUCGCCCACACCAAGGCCCACUCGGGCAAGCGGCCCUACAUCUGCGAGCAGUGUGGCCGGGGCUUCAGCCGCAAGUCCCACCUGGUGAGGCACCAGGCCGUGCACACCGGCACCCGCCCCCACGGCUGCAGCCUGUGCGGCAAGCGCUUCAGCUCCAAGACCAACCUGGUCCGGCACCAGGCCGUGCACACGGGGCACCGGCCCUACAUCUGCACCCAGUGUGGCAAGAGCUUCAGCAGGAAGACGCAUCUCCUGAGGCAUGAGCGUACCCACGCUGCCCCCCUGCAGAGGGACAGCGCCUGGGCUGUGCACGACCCCCUGAGCCAGCAGGCAGCCUGCCUCUAGCGGUGGGGGACUAGUGACUCGCACGGCUCACCACUCUGAGGGACCAGUUACUCUGCUGUGAGCUGGACAAAGUGCGGGCAGGUGCUGUGCCUUCAGUGCCAACCUGUAACCCCCCUCCCCGCCGUGCUAUCCCAGCCCUGGGCUCCCCCACAUACACUGCUCUGCAACUCCCCUCCCCACCAACCCCCCGUAUUCCAGUCCUUCCAUGUCACCCUGGUUCUGCUCAUGCAUUUCAGACUCAACCUGCAGCCCCCUGCUAAUCCAGCCGGGGCUCCCUCCCCCACCAGCUCUGCUGGUGCCCCUCAUUCCUGACAGCCAGCCAUCGCAGUCCUUCUCUAGAUCCUCACUUCAGCCUGGCCCUGCCAUGCCCGCUCGGGGCUCCCCACCCACACGGCUCUGUCACUCGCCCUCAAUCCCAGCUCUCCGGUGUACGGACGGGACGGGAGAGAGAGAGCUGGGAAGCCACAGGAGAGAAGCUGCCUGAGUGUCCUGCAGCGAGACCCGCUUCUGAUCCAGACGUGCCUUGAGAGCCCAGCGCGGGGUUCAGACAGCCCAGCCCGCAUGGGCAUGGGCAGGGACACCACUGGGCGCAGCUGCCCUCAGCCUCAGCCUCUCCAUCAUCCACCUGCUGCGAGACAAGCCCUUCACACCGCCUGGGGAGCUGACCAGGCAGGAGACGGGCUUAGGACUCCUCGUUGAAGCAUUCCUAAGCUAGAAAGGGGGAUAAUACCAUUCCCCUGAGCCAAAUGGUGCCAUAAACAGUGUCCUCGAACGGUGCUGGAGAUGGGUUGGAAGCUGGCUUCUCAGCCGGCUCACUUCCCCAGUCGCUGGCCAGGGCACCCAGCACUGGUCCAGCAAGAACUGUGGGCAAGUGAGAAGGGAGGGGUCUCUGUUCUCUACCUGAGGGGGGGCACAACAGGGGACCCCCAAGCGAAGGGGCAUUUGAAUGUUAACAUCCCUCUGUAAU